AAUAAAAAUCCCAACAACAAAACAUUAAAAACCCUUUCUCUCUUCCCACUUUCACAUCCAUAGCUAAACCCUUGAAGAAGAUUGUUUAGUGUGUUCUCGUCUCUUCGUUUAUUUCUUCUCCACCGAUCCAACAAUGCUACUCUCCGGUCAAUCUCCGACUCUGAUUCGUUAAUCUCCCUCCGUCUCUCUCGUCUGAUUCCUUCCGUAUCUCUCUCUGAUUUUGGCCAGAGCACGCUUGAUAAUCAAAAUUUCUCCGGGGUCUUUAUAUGACUGAGAUUUGAGAACAUUGUGUAGAAAAGUAAAGAAAUGUUAGAAACUAACGAGCAAAAGGGUUUUGAUUUAAACGUGUGUGCUUCAAUUGAAGAUUUCAGUGAGUCUGACAUUAAGGCUGAGGGUGAAACUGAUAGUUUGGUUGAUGGUAAUGUGGAGAAUGUGAUUGAGAUUAAGGAUAAGAAAAAAGUGAUUGAGCGUGAGAUUCUCAUUACGCGUAGGGUUCUUCGCUCAGGCUCUGUGGCAAGGGAUUUAGUAAACAGUGAUAAACAUUGUAAGGCUGUGAAAAGGAAAGGAAAUGUUGUUAGUGGUGGAAGUUCUGUUGAUGAGGUGAAAGAAGAAGUGAAACAGGAGUGUGUUAAGUCUUUGGUACCUGAGGAGAUUCGUGGAGAUGAUUUUCGAAGUGAAGUGAAAGUGGAAUCUAAGGAUGAUAGAUCAGAUGAUGGAAAAGAAGAGAAAGUUCAACGUAAAAGAGGAAGGCCUCGAAAGUUUGGGAUGAGCAGUCAAUCUGAUGAUAAUGGGUUAAUCUCAAAUUGUAAACUUCGGACAUCUUUAGGUAAGAAGAAAGAACUGGUAGGCGAUGAUAAUGUUGAGAAACUUGUUGGUGGAAGCUGCUUUAACAAGGAGAAAGCAGAAGUAAAACUUGAGCAUGGGGAAUAUGCUGAAGAUAAAGAGAUUCUUGGACUUGAUUUUAGGAGUCAGGUUAAGGUUGAAAUCAAGGAUGAUGAAUGUGGGAUUGUUGAGCUACAUGAUGAAGAGUUGCAAGUUAAACGUAAACGGGGAAGGCCUAGAAAGGUGCAGAUCAGCAGUCAAUCUGAUGAGAGUCGCCCUAACACAAACUGUAAACUUGCGAGAACUCCAGAACUAAGUAGCCAGUCGAGUGUUGACAGAAUUAGUUUGAGUCGUCUGCGUGGUAGACCCCCAAAGACCAAGGAGACCUCGGUUAGCCUUUACAUUGAAAAAGGACCUGAGUCUAAUGGAAGGAGGAUGGUACGUAAGCGUGGAAGACCUCCAACACCACAGAAAAAGAGGAAAUCGGGGAUGACAGAUGAAUCAGAUUGGAAAGCAAAGAAGAGACUGAAACUUUGUGAGAGUCCGUUAGAGUCACGGCACAACAAUCCUUUAAUUGAUGACGAAAGGAUGAUUGGCGAACAACGGAGUAAGCAAACUGAAGCUGGAGGACAUUCGAGAUCAAAGUCUAAGAAAAUGCUGAGUGACAGAAUACUGCAGUUACUUCUAACUGCUGGUUGGACUGUUGAAUAUAGGCCUCGAAAUGGGAGAGCUUAUCAAGAUGCUGUGUAUCUUAAUCCAGAGGGAAAGACUCACUGGUCAGUGACUAAGGCUUAUCAAGUUUAUAAAAAACAAUUGGAAAGCAACCCGAAUGAUCAAAAGAACUCUACCACUGGUUCUGGUUUUGGCUUGCUACCAGAAGAAGACCUUCAUCUAUUAGAGAGAACAAUUCAGAAAAAAAGGAGCGAUACAGGUAAGCAAAGGUCAAAAUUGAAGGACAGAGAUACUAAUGACAUCUUGGUUUCAACAAAGGGAACAGGAAAAAUAAAGAGGGAAGAAAAACAUAGUAGAAAGCGUUGUACUCCGUCAGCUCGUAGUUCUUUGAAAGAUGUGGAUUCCAAGGAGGAUGGGUACAUAUUAUUUGAAGGGAAACGCACCAUGCUGGGUUGGAUGAUUGAUUCAACCAUUGUGCCACUUAACGGAAAAGUUCAGUGCAUGGACUGCAAGAAGACAGACAUACUUCUAGAAGGAAUUAUCACAAAAGAGGGUAUUCGAUGCAACUGCUGUGAUGAAGUGUUCUCUGUUCUCGAUUUCGAGGUUCAUGCUGGCGGGAAUCGCAACCAGCCAUUCAAAAGUCUGUAUUUAGAGGGUGGGAAUUCUCUCUUGCAGUGCCUCCAUGAGUCUAUGAAUAAACAAAGUGAAUCACAACUUAAAGGGUACCAUUUUGUGGACUUUGGUUCGGGGGAUCCAAAUGAUGACACAUGUGGUAUUUGUGGGGAUGGGGGAGAUCUUAUCUGCUGUGAUGGGUGCCCAUCAACAUUCCAUCAGAGCUGCUUGGACAUAAAAAAAUUCCCUUCUGGUGCCUGGUAUUGUUACAACUGCUCAUGCAAAUUUUGCGAGAAAGAUGAGGCUGCUAAACAUGAGACUUCAACUCUACCCUCCUUAUCGAGUUGCCGCCUAUGUGAAGAGAAAUAUCACCAAGCAUGCAUCAACCAAGAUGGCACGGUGCCUGGUGAAAGGAGUACUGAUUCAUUUUGUGGAAAGUAUUGUCAAGAGUUAUUCGAGGAACUUCAGUUAUUCAUUGGAGUAAAACACCCACUGCCUGAGGGAUUUUCAUGGUCAUUCCUUCGCCGCUUUGAGCUCCCUAGUGAGGUUGCCGAUUGUGACAUAUCUGAGAAGAUUGCAUAUAAUGCCAAAAUGGCUGUUGCAUUUUCUGUUAUGGAUGAGUGCUUUUCACCUUUGGUUGAUCACAGGAGUGGAGUCAACCUGCUUCAAAACAUUGUUUAUAAUUUUGGGUCGAACUUCCAUCGGCUAGAUUUCAGCAGUUUUCUCACUGCUGUUUUGGAGAGGGGUGAUGAAAUCAUUGCUGUGGCGUCUAUUAGGAUACACGGCAAUCAACUGGCAGAAAUGCCGUUUAUCGGAACCCGCUAUAUGUACAGGCGUCAAGGGAUGUGUCGUCGACUAAUGGAUGGCAUUGAAUCUGUAGGCCCUCCUCCACUUCUUGUCAUAUCCUAAAUUCCUUUUUCUGUUAGUUUGGUGGUUAUUUACAUUAAAGUUCGUCGCUUAUUUCUCUCAAAUGUUUCUUGCUAUAUCUGAAGUUUUAUUAGAUGUCUGGCAAUUCUGCUGCUAUCCUGCUUGUUUUGGCGACGGGCCAUUCUGCUUUUUCUCAGGUUCUUUCAGGCAUUAAGAAAGAAAUAUGGAAAUAGCUUUGCAUUUCCAUGUCUGAUAUAUGCUAAAUGACAAAAUGAUUGCUAGAUCACACUGAACUAAAAACAUGGAUUUGUGUAGUCAUUUGAUUUCAAAUAUGUAUAAGUGACUUUAUAGGAUAGUUGAUGCGAACUAGUCAAGCUUCUUAGUAUGCCAUAUGUCUUGAUCUGCUGUGUACUAUCUCAGUCUUCUGUUUUGUUUAGUUUAGACUUCAUUCUGUGUACGAUUUCUGAAGAUCCAUAUUACAAAUGUGCUUUAUCAUCAGGCGCUUGGUUCUCUCAAAGUAGACAAGUUAGUCAUACCAGCAGUGCCAGAACUGAUUGAUACAUGGACUUCAGGCUUUGGCUUCGCACCUGUCAAUGAUUCUGAGAAAAAAACAAUUAAGAAUCUGAACUUGUUGGUGUUCCCUGGCGUAGACAUGUUGGGGAAAUCAUUGGUGAAGGAGAAGAUCACUGACUCAGUUGUUUCAUCUCCCAAUGGUUUAGUGCUGUUGGCACCUGAGAUGACUUUGCCUGUAGAUGUCGAGGAAAAUAAACCUGAGGAGUCUAAAGACAGUGCACACGAGCGAAAUUGUGCAACUGCUGGUGUUGAAUCCCCUUCUAACCCAGUUGAUAGCUGCUUGAAGUUAACUUAUGUAGAAGAGGGGGAUAAUGACAGAGAAUCCAAUCUCAAGUUACUUGACGGGUCCGUGGAAGAGAAAGAAGACACUAAGAAAUUGACAGAUAUAGACAUCAAUUCUCUUCCUGAUGAAGUUGAUGAUUCCCAUGCGGAUCAAAGUGAUACAAAAGAGCAGGAAAUUGAUGAUAAAGAAGAUAAGACACCGUUAUCUGAUGAUGGCUGUGAAGGUAAAGCUGAGGGUACCAAGGAGUCAAAUCAACAACCGGAUAGUAACAAAGUAGAUAACUCUCAGCCACUUGGUAAUGGUGGUACAGGGGAAGAGCUUGGCAACAGAACCUUAGCGCUAAAGAGAGAAGUGACUCCCACAUUGCGAGCAUCGCCCCGACUGAUUCAAAGAUCGUGGAGAACAUCACGGGUGAACCAGAAGUUCACAGGUACUACUAACGCCGUACUGCUUGACUCUCCACACCGGUGUGUCUGAGGCUCAUUGCAUAGACAGAGCUUUUGUGGUUUUGUGCAUAUGACCAGUCUAACACAUUUUGUCUAAAGAUGGAGCAGCCCUUUGCUAUUUCGGGGUGACAACCGGAAAGGCGCAGUUGAAAGAAAAAGUAGUUAGAAUUCUAAUUUCAGUACUUUAGUAAUUUCAUUAGUAACACAUCGAGCCAGAGGUCAGAAACCUUGCAGUGGCUCAAUGCUUAUUAGACUUAAUUGUGUAGUAAACAAUUUCUUUCAGCUGUAUUUGAGCUGCUUCAUAAUAUCAUCUAAUGUUAAAACAUCUUCUGGCUUAAUAUUCAAUU